AAAGUAAACCUGCAAUGCAUGACUGUCAAUGUACUGUCUGUUCUGAGCUGAGCAGUAGCCUGUUAUGUCUGGUAUCUUUAAGGCAAUGUCAAAGUUUCGUCUGGGUGUGGUGCAGUUACAUGUGUCAAAGAUUAAGGCUGACAACUUGGGAAGAGCACAAAAACUUGUGAAGGAGGCUGCAGGCCAAGGUGCAAAAGUUGUAGUUUUACCUGAGUGCUUCAACUCGCCUUAUGGAACUGGGUUCUUUGCCGAGUAUGCUGAGAAGAUCCCAGGAGAGUCCACAAAGGUGUUGUCAGAGGCCGCCAAGGAGUGUGGGGUCUAUUUAGUGGGAGGUUCCAUUCCUGAGGAGGAUAGUGGGAAGCUCUAUAACACCUGCUCAGUUUUUGGACCUGAUGGAAAGCUGCUUGUCAAACACAGGAAAAUUCACCUCUUUGAUAUUGAUGUACCUGGGAAAAUACGGUUUCAAGAGUCUGAAACACUAAGUCCAGGAAAGAGUUUAUCCAUGUUUGAAACACCAUUUUGUAAAAUAGGUGUGGGAAUAUGUUAUGACAUCAGGUUUGCAGAGCUUGCACAGAUCUAUGCCAAGAAAGGUUGCCAGCUUUUGGUAUAUCCUGGUGCCUUCAAUAUGACCACCGGACCAGCUCACUGGGAGCUUCUGCAGAGGGGGAGGGCAGUAGAUAAUCAGGUAUAUGUGGCCACUGCUUCACCAGCAAGAGAUGAGACCGCCAGCUAUGUGGCCUGGGGUCACAGCUCUGUGGUUAACCCUUGGGGGGAGGUUAUUACCAAAGCUGGGUCAGAGGAAUCUGUUGUGUAUGCUGACAUAGAUCUUCAGUAUUUGGCUGAUGUGCGUCAGCAGAUCCCAAUCACUACACAGCGACGGGAUGAUCUAUACAGUGUCAACAGUGUCCAGGAGGGCUGAACACUCGUACAGACGAAGUACUGUAGUGACAUUAAAUCUUGAUUCAUGACAGAUUUAGUCUGCACAUGUCAGAUGUUAGAGUGAAGCCUUCAUCAGUGGACUGUGGGGAAUCACACCACAGAUGUUUUAAAUGAACAGCAAGUGCCUCAUAAUUUGUACUCUUGCUGAUGCUUUUACAAUGAAAAAUUAUAUUUGGAAUAAAUAAGAGGUCUUUCAUUCCUUCUUUAACAUGUUAAUAUAGAGGGUAAAACAUUUUAAAGUUAAUCCUGGACAGGUAAAAUGGUGCAUUAGAAAAAUAUUAAGCAUGAUAUUAUUAAGUGUUAAGGAAAUGCGCCAAGACUUGGGUUUGUAGAUCCAAACGCAGCUUGAGGGUAAUCUACAAUCGCAAUCCAUAUAACAACAAGGAUAGGGUCAAAAAUCCAGGGUAAUACAGAUAAUAACAGUCCAAGACACAGGGAAAUUCAGGGAGACAUGACAAAAACAUGACACUAAAAACCAGAAAUAAUGCUCAGAAAUGCAGUGUAACACAUACAAGACUUUGUAAAGAAUGACA